AUGCCCAGCGAACCGUUCAUGGCCCCAAGGUUCUGCCGAUGGCUGACAGGAGACUUCAUCAUCUACUUUGUGAACAUCUCCAGUCCAGCGUCCGAAACGCGGCGCGACGAGCUGGAAUACUUUUAUUAUAACAGGGAUGAGAUACUCAAGCGAGCUAUGGAGCUCUUGAAGCUGACCGAGCACGAGAAGGAGCUUGUCAGAACCAAGUUGCUCAAGUGA